ACAACACUGCGGCAAUUCCGUCUUUCCUAUCGAUAUGACAGAAGACCGUUGUAAGUAGAAGUCUAUUUGCAGUUACAGUCAUUUCGCAGGAAAAACAAUUGAAAUUCAUACUGCAUGGCUGAUGCCCACAGAUUUGCUCUUGCAUAAAUUCGGAGUGCAAAUGCAAUCAUAAUCCAUUUGCUUUUAUGGUUUUAAUUGAAUUAGAUUAGACGCCCUUUUAGCAUUAUAUCGGAUAUCGCUUGUAGGCUAUCCGGUACGUUAUCUUUUACAUUAUCCAUAAAAACUGUGGACGAGGAAAACUGUUGUUCCUGUUAGAGAGAUUAGAGCCCGCAGACGUGGUAAUCUGGAUUAGUCGACUGUCCAGAGCGCGCGCAUGUGUGCCAUCAGUGAUCAACUUCAGUUUUACCCUAUGUCACAUUUCAAGAAACCUAGACACUGAUGCAGCACGUCUUAACUGCUAAAUUACAAUUAUGUAAGGGAUACUGGACGGACAGCCGGUCUUUAUAACUAGAAAAAAAGCCUCUUCAUCCGGGUUAUCCAAGUGUUCCUCUUUACGUCAGGGUCUUCGUAACCCUUUCAGAUUUUAUUUGCGAUAUCUUGAUGCGCAUUUUUCUUCCUCGCAAUGCAUAAACAUAGGCAGAAAAUAUUGAUUUAUUGAUUUGAGAAAAUAUUGAAUCACGUAUAAUAUCUAUAACAUUAUUAAUAAAUGUUAAACUACUAGGCUAAUAAUACUACUACAAUUAAUGCUGUUGCUGCAUCAUUCUGCCAUUUAAAUUGCUAUAUAAAUCCCACAUGAUGCCGAGAUGGUGCUACUGUAAUUAGCGACGAAAAUGUCCAGUAUAGAGAUGUUUUUGUACAAAAUAGUUGGUCGUUGCUCAGCGUUGCGACUGACCAAUCAGAAUCAGGUGUGGUAGGGCGCUGAUAUCCUUGCUUUAAACAAUAUUUUUAUUGAUUAAGUGCAAUUGCAUCAGUAAAAUGCGACUUUGUCUGUCUGUGUCUUCUUGCAGUUUUACAUAACCUUCAGAUACAUGCACAGUUUUAGAGGGCGAGAAUUUUAGGGAUAAGCCUACAAACUGAAAAGGAUAGUGGUGGCCUAUACAAAGAUGCUGACAGCAAACAUGAAUGCGAUCCCACAAAUAGCUCAGAAGCAACACAUUUCAUGCCAACUCCCUAAAUGUUCCGUCACAUUGUUUUCGACGGCAGAUCUAUAGCCCCCUCUCUUGAGAGGAACAUGCACAGCUUCAAUUUAGUCCAAGUACGUGGAGAACGUUAUCUCCGCCACCAUACACCAGACCCGCGUAGUCUCUUUCUAGUCGAAUAUGAGCAAGCUUUAACACAAGUAAGAGGAGUGGAUCAGCGAUUAGGGUGAUGCGUUUAAGAUUACAAUUAAUUUAACAACAUACAGUGGCAAGCAUAUAUAGCUCACUUUCCUACAGAAGUGGAUAGUUCUAGAAGCGUUCCUGACCCUGACGGCGUGGAUGCGCGAAAGAUGCUGGGAUGCAAGGGAUCAUCUGGGACCGGGGUGAGAUACAAGCUGACUCUGGCUACAGGACUGCUGGAGUGCUUGUGUUUUGCCGGAGUCGUGUUUGGUUGGGCGUCUCUCGUGUUUGUCCUGAAGACAGAUGGCUACUUCAGCGAUUUGUGCAUCAAUGCAACAGACACUAAUGGAAAACCUGGCACAGACUGCGGCCUGCAAGAUGAGAAUUUCUCAUUGGUUUUCACCGUGGCCUCCUUCAUGAACAACUUUCUCACUCUGCCCAACGGAUUCUUCUACGACCAUUUCGGCACGAUGGCAACGCGAUUUUUGGCUAUAUUUCUUUAUACCACUGGCACUCUUAUUGUGGCGUUGUCCAGUAAAGCUCUCUCGAUCUUGCUUUUUCCUGCUCUUUCCUUCGUAGCGGUGGGAGGUAUUUUAUUUCUAAUGACAAAUAUGCAGGUGGGGAACCUUUUUGACUCUCAUAGAUCAACAAUUAUUACAGUCUAUAAUGGGGCCUUUGACUCUUCAUCAGUUAUCUUUCUUAUCAUCAAGGUGCUUUAUGAGAGAGGGGUUUCUCUUCGCUCCUCAUUUCUCUUCCUGUCAGCCUGUAAUAUCAUUCAUCUCCUCCGGACUCUUUUCCUUAUGCCUAAAUCACACAUUCCCUAUCCCAUCACAGAAGACUACAAAUAUGGGCUGAGCUGUGCCAAAUCACAUAGCUACAACGUUGAACAGCACGAGGCAGAGCCAGAGAUGAGAUCAGACAGAGGCAGAGGUGUAGCUGAUGAGCCACUACAGUCUGACACACUACAGCUAACAGAAAACUCUGAGAAAGACAGUUUUAAGAGCUGUGUUCUGUCCUGGUUCUUCCUGUGGCACCUCAUAUGGCUGUCAGUCAUGCAGCUGCGCCAUUAUUUCUUCAUUGGAACUCUGAAUCCAAUGCUCGACAGACUGGCAAACCAAGACCCGGACAUUGUGAGUGAGUACACCAAUGCGUUUGCUUUCACACAGUUCUGUGGCGUUCUCUGUGCUCCCUGGAAUGGGCUGCUAAUGGACAGACACAAAGGAAAGCCCCUAGAUCCAGGUGUGUCAGAACGGGAAGCAGACCUGCGCUCGUCCGUUCUGUCUCUCCUCCUCACCUCUCUGCAGUGCCUGUUGUUCUCCGUCUGUGCAAGCAUUCCCUUCCUCCCUCUCCAGUACCUCACGUUCAUCCUUCAGGUCCUUAACCGCUCUUUUCUGUACGGAGGGAAUGCUGCAUUCAUCAGCAUAGCGUUCCCAGCUCGUCAUUUUGGAAAGCUGUAUGGUCUGGUGAUGUCUCUAUCGGCUGUGGUGUCAUUGCUGCAGUAUCCCUGCUUCGCCCUCAACAAAGUUCUUGAAGGAGACCCCUUCUAUGUGAACAUCAUCUUGACUGUCCUGACUCUGCUGGCCUUCAUUCAUCCUGUCUAUGUGUUUCGUCACUGCAGAGAGCUGGCAAAACAGCGAGAGAAUUACAAACUAAAUAUUUCAGAAGCCUCCAUACAGGAAACAUCAAUGUAUUAAUUUAAAUAGACAUACUUGAUUAAUACAUAUAACUGACAAAGGGAAAAAUAAUAAGCAUUAGGUAUUUAACGCAAUGUUUUACCAUCGUUGUAUUUUAGAGAUUUAAAUACUUGAAAAUAAGAGUUAACAGUCAGCAAUUAAAUUCAUUCCAUUUUAUUUUAAUUGGUAAUAUUUACAAUCUUUAUUUGUAAAGUACAGAAAUAUAUAUAUAUAUUUUUUGAGUUGGCAAGAACAGAAAUUUAGAUACAAGUAUUUGUUUAAACAUAUUGAUUAAGGAGCAAGGGGAGGUCACAUGGGUGUCCGAAACAUACAGAUUUUUACAUGGGAUCUGCAAGCUCUUCCGGAGUUGUAUGAUAUCCAGUUGCAUGUUAAUAUCCUGUUUUCCCACAGGGAAAGCAUUAACAGUCCUAAAAGCAUCAUACAGUUAAUUCAUGUCCAUUCAGGGGUUUAUAGCAUGUUUUAUACAUAACGUGUGCUACAGCUAGGCAUCCAUAAAAUUCUGAACAUAUUGUAGAAACAUGUAAAAAUGCUUAAUUAACUCCUUAAUUAUUAUUAUUUUUGACAUUUCAGACCAAAAUUUUGAAAUAAAUGAUAUAAGAAACACA